CGCCCGCGGCGGCGUCGCGUCACUUCCGGCCGGAAGGUGCGGGGCCGGCGCGCGAGACAUGGCGGCCGCGCGGGAGGAGCUGCAGCGGGACCUGGCGGAGGCGCGGGAGCUGCUGGCGCGGGCCACGAGGCGGCGGCUCCGCGAGCUGCUGCUGGGCGAGCAGCGGCGGCUGGAGCUGGAGCUCAGGAACCUGCCCCAGCCCCGCGAGGCGGCGGCGGAGGAGGAGGAGAAGUCGCCGCUGGGAGGAUACACGGUGAAAAUCAACAAUUACGGUUGGGAUCAGUCAGAUAAGUUCAUUAAGAUUUACAUCUCUUUAAAUGGAGUCCAGAAGCUUCCAGCUGAGAAUGUGAUGGUGAAUUUCACCGAGAGGUCCUUCGAUCUGCUAGUGAAGAAUCUGAAUGGGAAGAACUACACCAUGACCUUCAACAACCUCCUGAAACCCAUCUCUGUGGAAGGCAGCUCUAAGAAGAUAAAGACAGACACUGUCCUUGUGAUGUGCAGGAAGAAGCAGGAGGAAAAAUGGGAAUGUCUCACUCAGGUGGAAAAAGAAAGCAAAGAGAAAGAGAAGGCUGCCUACGACUCCUCAGAUCCUAGUGAAGGGCUUAUGAACCUUUUAAAAAAGAUUUACACGGAGGGGGAUGAUGAGAUGAAACGCACCAUCAACAAGGCCUGGGUUGAAAGCAGAGAGAAGCAGUCCAAAGGGGAGACACCAAUGGAUAUUUGAAAGCACUCUGAGGGCUGCCUUAAUACUGAUCUUCCAUGUGAGAUGUGCUGUGCUGCAAAGAUCAUCGUUUACACAACCUUCUUCCGAGCAAAGACAGUCACUUUCCAUUUCAGGUUGGAGAAAAUAUUUAAAUAAAAUAGCUUAUAAAGCA